AGACUUUCUUUGCUCAUGUCUUUGCCGUCAAGGCAGUGCCAAACUUAUCCGUGGGAAAUCUCAAGCCAUGACCAAAUUUCAUUUCUUAAUCCUGUGUGCGGGCCAUAUUUUCAAGCAUCAACAGCUUCCUCACACGCUACAUAUACCUGGGCGGAUCCUAAUUAAUCAAGGCACCAAAUAUCACAAAGCAAUUUUCCCUUCCACCUCAAAAGAUGGCAUUACAGGGGAAGGGAUUUGUGGAUGAGAUGAGGAUGGUGGCGAUGAAGCUGCACACCAGAGAGCAGGCAAGAGAGGGAGAGAAGGAAGUGAAGGGGCCAGAGGAGAGGUCGGUCUCCAAGUGGAACCCAACCGUCGAUGGGUAUCUGAGGUUUCUUGUGGAGAGCAAGUCGGUGUAUGAUGCACUUGAGGGCAUCGUUGACAAGCCUGAUUUUCCUUACUAUGCUGAACUGAGGAACACUGGCCUGGAAAGAUCAGAGCGAUUGGGGAAAGACCUUGAGUGGUUUAAAGGCCAAGGCUAUGGAAUCCCAGGGCCAUCUGGUCCAGGUGUAAACUAUGCAUGUUAUAUUCAAGAACUGUCAGAGAAAGACUUUCCUGCCUUUCUCUGCCACUUCUACAAUUUUUACUUUGCCCACACCGCCGGCGGCCGAAUAAUUGGCAAAAAGGUUGCUGGGAAGAUACUCAACAACAAGGACUUAGAGUUCUACAAGUGGGACGGAGAACUCAAGCAGAUGUUGCAGAAUCUGAGGGACAAAAUCAAUAAAAUUACUCUGGGCUGGACGAUGGAGGAGAAGAAUCAUUGUUUGGAGGAAACAGAAAGAUCUUUCAAGUACUCAGGAGACAUCCUUCGUUUGAUACUGUCACCGGUGUAAAUAAGGGCACGUGGAUGCACGGGUUAAACGUCCGAUGUAGUUUCUUCAUUUCAUCGGUUCCGUUUGUGUUCAUGAUGUAAAGGAAAAUAAUUAUUUACUGUAAAACACCGUGUAAAUAUCUUUACGACAAUUUACACAAGACUUCGUCAAGACAGCCCUUCCUUUCUCUUA